GCAGUUAGACGAAUGGAUGAUUACCGUGCAGAGGCACAAAAAGACCAAAACGCCAGCUUUCCAAACAACACUCAUCAAAUGUUACUAAUAAUAAUAUUGCAUUUUGAAACAUGGUUUCUCAAAUUGUCCUGCAAAUAGAUAUCGGUGUCGGCAAAGAUGAGCACGCAGUCAUACAACUUGAAUAUUUCAUCUGCAUUGGCUGAGAGUCCAACAGAAGUGGACCCUGCGGUGGAAGCCCUCCGGAUCUUGUACGUAGUCUUCACGGAGUACGCAUGGAUUGUCAUCGUGCUUCCAGGGCUCUUUGGAAAUGUCAUGUCGAUGGUGAUGUCACUGCAAGCGGAGAACAGGCGCGUUUCGACGUGUAACUAUAUGACUGCCCUCGCCUUGGCUGAUUCUGCAGUCCUCAUUGAGCUCGCGUGGGGUUGGCGAGGACUUGGUGCAAUAUUUUGGUUUAAGGAAUCGCCGCCAUCAGAGUUUGCGAAACAACUGAUGUGGUAUGAAGGUCAUACAUUCGGCAUGUUGUCCGGUUUCUUCCUUGCCGAGAUGACCAUUGACAGACUAAUCGUAGUCAGGAACCCAAUGGCCGCACGGAGGCUCUGCACGACUCGCCGCGCAUGCGUCACCAUUGUCUUGACGUUCAUCGUUAUCUGUGGAGUCCAGGUCUACAUUUUCUUUGCCUAUAAACAUGAACCAAGUGACACUAAGGGUGAGGGUCCAAUCAUUAUGACAGUCCCAGGCGCGCCUGAACUCGAAACACUUGGUACGGUAUUUAAUUUGGCUUUUGGAACCGUCCUACCCUUCAUUGUAAUUGUAUUUUGCAACGUAUGGAUAAUAAUCGUACUGAGGAAAGCAGCGGAGAAAAGUGGAGAUAUGGGCGUCAACGAAAAAACGCAGAAAACAAGAGAAAAGGAGACAACUCAUUUGACCCGGAUGUUAAUCCUCGUCAGUAUUGCUUACGUCGUGACGUCGAUUCCGUUUAGGCUUUAUGACGUUAUCAUUGGACUGCCUGAUGUCAAACGCCAAUAUGAUAUGAAGGACGAAUACUGGAAGUUACUAUAUAAUUGUCAAUUUUUGAUAAUAGGGGAAUUUUGGGAUGUCAAUUAUGGGAUUAACUUUUAUUUGUACUGUUUAGGGGGAGGUAAGAAAUAUAGAGAUGGCGUCAAGGAAAUAUUUAGACAAAUGAUUUGUAAAAAGUCAGAUGAUAAGUAA